AUGAGAAAUUGCUUCUACUUCUCUGUAUACCCAGAGGAUUACGCUAGGUUAAUUAAACCUGAACCUUGGGACUCAGGUAUUGCUAUGGAAGCAAGAAGGUUGAUGAUGUCGUGGGCAGAGAAGCAGGAAGACAGCAUGACAAUGAGAGAUAAGUUGAGAACGGGAUGGAAAGUCGGCAUAAAGGCGAGGUCAGAUAGGGAGCAGGCUGAGAAAGAAAAGGCUGAGAAGGAAAAGGCAAAGAAGCAGAAAUUAGAAACUCUCAAGGAAUACAAAAUUCCAAUGAAAUCUAAAGAAGUCAAAGAGGUGAAGGUAGAUGAGAAUAAGUUAGGUAUAGAUAUAGACGAGUUAUUCACGACAAGUCCUUUAGAUCUAAGCAUGCAUAAAGAUAGUAAAGAUAAUUUAGAGAAAAAUACAAUGCCACAGUUAAGUGAGUCAGACACUGAUUUGGAAGAUGAGGUAGAGGUUAAAAGGUUUAAAGAAAGCCCAAAGUCGUUGAAGCUUGUCAAGACUGAAGGUGGUAUAAGGAGAUUAGUGGUCACAAAAGAGAAACCUGAAACUGACGACAAACCACUGGAAGAUAAAGAAAAUCAGACAGUAGAAAAAUCUAAAGAGUCCCUUGAAUCCAGGAAAACAGACAUUAGAUCCCCUAAACCAAAGACACUAAAUAUAGACUCCCAAAAGAAGACGUUUGACAAACAGUCAAAGUUAGUGCCAAUUGAAACAGAGGCAAAAGUGCAGAAUAGUGGAGAAACUUUGAACCUACUGAACCAUGAAUGCAAUGUCAAAGUGACACAAGACCAAGAUAUAACAGUAGAAGAAAUGAGCAAACUAGAUACCGACAAAGACAAUGAGAGAGCAUCAGAUGUAAAUGUAGACACAGAAAACAUAGAAAGAAAUGUAUCAGAUUGA